AUAUCCAUUUUCUUCUCAAUUCCCAAUGCUUUGUACUUCAACUCGAUUCCUCUUUUCAACUACAACAAAACUAGCUUUAUCUUCUUCUUCUUCCUUUCACUUUUUCUCCACAACUUAUCCAUUCUCAGUUUCUUCUCUUCCAAACAAAUCUUUUCUUAAACCUAAACCAAUUCUUACAACUCCCCUAACCCCUUUGUUCUUCGCUCUCAGAACAAAUCACGCCAUGGCUUCCCCAUCAAACCCCCAAUCAAUUCACGAUUUCACCGUUAAGGAUGCUAAGGGUAAUGAUGUUAAUCUUGGUCAAUACAAAGGAAAGGCCCUUAUCAUUGUCAAUGUUGCCUCACAAUGUGGCUUGACUAACUCCAAUUACACUGAGCUGAGUCAAUUGUAUGAGAAAUACAAACAGAAAGGUUUGGAAAUUCUGGCAUUCCCAUGCAAUCAGUUUGGGGCACAGGAGCCUGGAUCUCUUGAAGAGAUACAAGACUUUGUCUGUACUCGCUUCAAAGCUGAGUUUCCUGUUUUUGACAAGGUUGAUGUGAAUGGUGCUGAUGCUGCUCCAAUCUACAAGUAUCUAAAGUCAAGCAAAGGUGGACUCUUUGGGGACGGUAUCAAAUGGAACUUCUCCAAGUUCCUUGUUGAUAAAAAUGGCAAUGUUGUAGAACGUUAUGCACCCACAACAUCACCUCUUAGCAUUGAGAAGGACUUGUUGAAGUUGCUUGAUGCAUGAAGAGUUAUGAAUGUUGGAAGCUGGAAUAAAUGAAUAUGGAUGAUGAGUUUACUAUUUUGUAUGUGAAUAAAGGAAUGUAUUGCAUACAGAUGUUGGUGCAAUUUUCUCCAUUUGGUAUACUUACUCAAACAGUUGUUAUGUAUUGCUGAUUUUAGUUCUUCUUCAUGAGAUUGUGUACUUAACUUAUUACUAAUGUAUGAAUGUAAAGUUAAGUUCCGUUUGGUCUUA